CGCUCAGGCGACGGGGAUCAACAUCGAGCAGCCGCAGCCGCACCCGCGCCAAACCUCCGCGAGCUCGCUAAUGGCGCUCGCACUGUCCACGCUCCCGUUCGUGCCCUCCAAUCCCUCUCCAUCCUCCAGUACCACCCCUGCCGCCGCCGCGUUCCCUCCUCGUCGGGUCCACCUCGCUGCCGCCGGUAGGAGCGGCGGCGGCGUCCUCCCGCUCGCGUGUGCCGCGCCGCGGCAUCGCGGGCGGGCUCCGAGGCGUCGCCGUGGAGGGAGCCUGGUGGUCUGGGCGUCGGCAGACUAUUACGCGACACUGGGCGUGCCGCGCUCUGCGACCAACAAGGACAUCAAGGCCGCCUACCGGAAGCUUGCGCGCCAGUACCAUCCUGAUGUGAAUAAGGAGCCUGGAGCAACUGAAAAGUUUAAAGAGAUAAGUGCAGCAUACGAGGUGUUGUCAGAUGAAAAGAAGAAGGCAUUAUAUGACCAAUAUGGUGAAGCUGGGGUUAAGAGUGCGGUUGGAGGCUCGGGUGGAGCUUACACAACUAAUCCAUUCGAUCUGUUUGAGACAUUCUUUGGAGCAAGCAUGGGUGGCUUUUCUGGCAUGGACCAGAGCACAUUUAGGACACGAAGGCGAAGCACUGCUGUUCAGGGUGAAGACAUCAGAUAUGAUGUGAUUCUGGGCUUCACAGAGGCAAUAUUUGGAACAGAGAAAGACAUUAUAUUAUCGCAUUUGGAAACAUGUGAUACAUGUGGUGGUUCUGGAUCAAAGGCUGGCUCCAAGAUGAGAAUAUGUUCCACAUGUGGUGGGCGAGGACAAGUAAUGCGAACUGAGCAAACACCAUUUGGUCUGUUCUCCCAGGUUUCUAUUUGCCCCACUUGUGUUGGAGAGGGUGAAGUCAUUUCAGAGUAUUGCGGAAAAUGUUCUGGAGAGGGGCGUAUUCGUGUCAGGAAGGAGAUCAAAGUGAAAAUCCCGCCAGGAGUGAGUAAAGGUAGCACUCUUCGUGUACGUGGGGAAGGUGAUGCAGGACCAAAAGGUGGGCCACCAGGAGAUCUUUAUGUUUGCCUCGAUAUAGAGGAGCCAUCAGAUAUCAAAAGGGAUGGUAUAAACUUGUAUUCAACUGUGUCGAUAAGCUACGUUGAAGCUAUUUUGGGCACCACUAAGAUGGUCAGAACUGUGGAUGGAACCAGUGAACUUCGAAUACCUCCAGGUACCCAACCUAGUGAUGUAAUUGUCUUGGCGAAGCAAGGUGUUCCAUCACUGAAUAGGCCAUCUAUACGUGGUGAUCAUCUAUUCACUGUUACGGUCACAAUACCCAAACGUAUAAGUGGGCGCGAAAGGGAGUUACUUGAGGAACUUGCAUCUUUGAGUAAUGGUUUUGCUCGAACAGCCGCCAAGCCAAAACCCGUACAUGAAGAGAAAGAAUUUGGCACAAGUCUAGAAGAUACAGAUAAAUCCAAUGAAGGAGAGGGUGAUUGGUUGAAGAAACUUACAGAUUUUGCAGGGUCCGUUGUCAAUGGCGCUGCAAAGUGGCUGAAAGACAACCUGUAGGCUGUAAAUAUUUACUAUAGUCCAAUCUGCAAUUUUUCGAUUCAUCGGGGUUCCCACGAGCUCUUACAUUCAUUUUGUUGGAGGGCUUAAAGAUUUUCAGGCUGGCAACCGAGAGAGUGAGACGUGUCAACUAAUAUAGUCGAGACAUUGAUAUGUUCUGUCUUGGAAAGGAAUGAUUAUUGUGUAGUUGCAGUUAUUUCAAUUUUCCAAGCGCAUGUAGCAGCCUGAAGUUGCGGGAUGCUGAUCUGAAACCCAGAGAUUCAGCAAUGUUGUAAAUAUAUGUUUAAUUCCUGAAGUAGGGUUUCGUGAAAUCUCAGGUUCUGUACUUGAGUUUUUAAGUUAAUAAAAUUCAGGACCAACGGA